AUGUUAAAGGAAACUAAAAAGUUUAUUGGUAAAUCCCUUCAGCCAGCACGACCUGUGCAUCAUCUGUCUUCUAAACAAGCCAGUGCGUUAAACUUUCAGACUGAAUUACCCAGCAACACUGAAGUAUGUUUGCAGAGUAAGGUUGACUGGUUAUCUGAAAUGACUGAAGUGAAGAUCUUAACUCAAACUAUGAUGUCCUGUCAACCAAAACAGCAUGAAUCAGAAGCAAAAAAAGAAAGGAUCAAAUACAGCAGAGAUUUCCUUCUGAAACUUUCCAGUGUUUCCCUCUCUCAGAAGAAGCCAGAGUUUCUUCCUGAUCAUCCAAUUGUUCUUGAAAAGCCAGAAAAGAGCAACCCUUCUAUUGACAUCUGCAAGAAGUGACAGGUUGUUUGGAAGAUGAGAAAUCCAUCAGUGAAGGAGCAACGUAUGAUGUAGAUCUUAAAAGAUUUUUGAAGGUACUUGGGUGCCUACAGAUGAAAG